CCUGCUCGCCCGAGGGGACCCCGCUGACAGCGAUGGUGUUGCUGGCUUUGACUGCAGCCUCGCUGGUCCCCGGCUGGCUUCAGAAAUUCCUGGGAAGCUUUCUUAAUCCGCCUGAAAUGCAGCACCAAGCUGGGGUGAUGGUCCAAGGAGCCCGGCAUGCCUUAUGUGGAUCGGCAGAAUCGCAUCUGUGGGUUUCUGGACAUUGAAGAAAAUGAGACCUGCGGCAAGUUCCUGCGGAGGUACUUCAUCCUGGACACCAAGGCCAACUGCCUGCUGUGGUACAUGGACAACCCCCAGAACCUGGCUGUCGGCUCAGGAGCUGUUGGAUCUCUGCCACUGACCUACAUCUCCAAGGUCAGCAUUGCCACCCCGAAACAGAAACCCAAGACCCCCUUCUGCUUUGUUAUCAAUGCCUUAUCUCAGCGUUACUUCUUGCAAGCCAGUGAUCAAAAAGACCUACAGGACUGGGUGGAGGCUCUGAACCGGGCCAGCAAGAUUACAGUACCAAAGGGGGGGAACUCGCCCCCUGCCACAGAGAUUACCAAGCCCCCCGUUGUUCUCCAGGCCCAGGAGAAGAAACCGCAGGUGGCCUACAAGACUGAGAUUAUUGGAGGGGUGGUUGUGCACACCCCCAUCUCCAACAACCAGAAUGGAGGGGACGGAGCUGAGGGCAGCGACCCGGCCGGGCAUCAUCUUCUGAAACGCUCCCAGAGCUACAUUCCCCCCUCCGGCGCCAAGCCGUCCACGGGGCCCCCAGCUCUCAAGAGUGGCUACUGCGUGAAGCAGGGGAAUGUGAGGAAGAGCUGGAAGCGCCGGUACUUUGUCCUGGAUGAGUUUUCCAUCAGCUACUUCAAGUGUGAGCAGGACAAGGAGCCCGUGCGUUCGAUCCUGCUGAAGGAUGUCCUCAAGACUCGCGAGUGCCUGGUCAAGUCGGGGGACCUUCUAAUGCGGGACAACCUCUUUGAGAUCGCAACAAGCAACAGGACGUUCUACAUCCAGGCAGACAGCCCCGAGGACAUGCAUAGCUGGAUUAAAGCCAUCUCAGGGGCCCAGCAGUCCCUGAAGAUCCGCCCCAGGGAAAUGUCCUUCGUGAGAUCCAUUUCCAUGAAUAGAUACGGGGGCUCCAAUCAUUCCAGCUCCUCGACUGCCUCCCUUUCCCAGCAGAGGCAGCAAGGCGAGGAGAGGAGAGCCCUCUGCAAAACCCCUUCCACAUCCUCCUGGCAGCCUUGGACGCCAGUGCCACAGCCAGAAGGGAAGCAGCCCACGAUAGAAGAGGCGCCUGGGCAGCUGAGAGACUCAGUGUUUGUGCCGGCGUUUACUGAGUGUGACGCGAGCACCAGGCAAGGGAAGCGUGUGAGGCACAGGUCUGAACCCCAGCACCUCAAAGAGAAGCCAUUUACCUUCAACCUGGACGAUGAGAACAUCCGGACCUCCGACGUGUAACCACGCAUGGUGUGAAGCUGGUGCACCGCGCCCCUGUCCUACCCGGCGUUUGGAAAAGAUGAGGCGCUCUCGGUACAAGUUCAGUGCAAAGACACUUUGCUUCCCCUGCAGCCAUGCGGGGCAGCCUCAGUGGUGCAGUGCCCCUUGGCGUGUGUAACCUUGCCCUGCUGUGCACUCAAAAAGCAUGCAAAAAAUGCGUGCACCCAAAAUGCAUCCAAGGCUGGUGGAAAGAGCCAGUCUCCUUGGUGCCAGUGCUGGUUGCCGUGUCCAGAGCACCGGGCCACUUCUGUCCCUGGUUCCAUGCUGCUGGGUUCACCCUGAUGAUUUUGGCCUUUAUUCUCCAACUUUAUUAUCAGUCUCUUGUAGGCUGUACAUGGGAGAGGAACAGGAAGAAAGCCCUGGUCAGACCUGGGUCCCUCUCCAUUCUAGUGCCUGCUCUCUGCCGCUGUGACGUGGGAGACCGGGCAAGACAGACAUAUAGUCUGACACAGGAAAUGGCAAUGGUUAUGUUCCCGUACAAGAUUUAGUCUGGCCCACUUCCUCGGUGACUGCGUUCUUCCCCAAAGGGAGGAGAGACCAGCAUUCCUGAUAGCUCCCAUUUUCUUUCCCGCUGAAAUCUCAUCUUCAAUGUCCCAAAUUCUUUCUCUGGUCUCUUCCCCUUCAUGGCAGAUGUGGGGAUCAAGGUAGUUGAUGGAGGAAGAGAGGGGGAGCUGCUGGCAGUAACAGAAAUGCCUGGUGCUCAUUAGAAGGAUACCAGGAGGGGUUGAUACAAACCCACUUGGCAGGCACAUGGCAUUUCAGUCAUGUGCACCUAUGUCACAUGGGAAGCAUCAGGCCCCUGGGCUCUGCCCUAGAAGAGCAAUGACACCCUCAGCAGCUCCGCCUGUUUGGAUCUCAGGGAAACCAUGCAGGAAGAAGAGGGGGAGGUGGCGGGGGGGUUUCCAAGCAGAAGGGGCAGGUGCUCAUGUUGGUUAAUAGGGGUAGGAUUCUCAGGUCUCUUGAGCCAUUGAGAAGCCCCACAGCGGGCCCAAACAUGGAGUUUGCAAGACACCCAGCAAUCUAAUUUAAAAAAGGAGGAGAAGGUUGCCACUGUAACGUAGUUUUUUUCCGGGGGACCAGCUCUUUGCUCUGCUGCACUGACCACAUAGUAACUCCUCUCUGCUGUCGAUUCACUCCUUUUCUACUCGUUCCUCUUGCGCGCCAUCAGGCUGCAGCAAAGGCUCCUUGGUCUGUACGAUGUCCUGGUUGAAAAAACCAAACCGAUUUCUUGGUAUAUUUAUGUUUUUUAAAAAUGUGAGGAAAGGUUAGGACCACUCUUUUGCAAGCUGUCUGGAGCAGGGACUCUGUGGCACAAAUAUUCUCAGGUAUAUAUAUCCAGGUUUGUAUUGCGGGCACUUGGCCACAACAGACUGUUAAAUGCCUGAAUCUUGGAACGUUUCAUGCAGUGAAAGCAGACCAUGUACAAAGAAAUCGGGAUGAUUUGGUUCUCCAACUAGGCUGUGCUAGCUGGUAUUUGUAAGCAGCGUACCUCGGCAGGCACCCAUAAGGGAACAAGUUGACGCAUGGUGAAUGCAAAGCACUUGCUAGACGAUUUAGUUAUUCUGUGAUCAGAGAGGAACUGUGGGACGCUUUCACCAAAGAAAUGGGUAUGUAACCUCUUGUUUCGGCUAGCAUCUAGAAACAACACCUCUUUCCUGCUUCUCUCUUCCCUGUGAGGGAUCCAGUAGUGCCUCAUGUUGUUGCGUGAGUUGUGAACGCUGCACAAAGCCUAUGCAAAACAUACCUACCCCCCUUAAACCUUGCACAGGGAUGAGCUUUGCCCGGACUGAGAAGUUAUACAUCCUGCUUGCAUGCCCGUGCCUCUGUUCUGAGCCCACUCGCUUCCCACCCUUUCUCGGACAAAACUGGCAGCAAUGUCAAGGCCAGUUCUGCCCAAGUAGGAACUAGCAGGAGCGGGUGCUGUAUUAAAAUAAGAAACCAGCACAUGCUGAGGUUGGAACGAUCAUGGAAAACUAAAUCAAAAUGAAACCAGAAUAAGGAGUUCAAAGUAUUGCCUAUGGGAAGCUCUUGUGGAUUUUUUUGUACGCUCUGGUCCUCUGUGUCUUCCACAUCCCCCGCAGUGCAUGGUGCUGUUGUGGGAAUGGUCUUUAUGUGCAAGAAGAUAACCGCUAGAAGGCACCCGGCUGACUAGAGAGUGAAUUCAAAAAUCACUCCUGCCUGUCUUGCUCUCGUUUUGAAAUUGCAGUGUGUGUUGGAGGAUGUGCUGGAGAAACAGCAGCUUUAAAAGUCCUCCAGGAACAUGCAGCGAAAGCCAAUACAUCAGCGUGACAGCCACACAACCUGAAGGCAGUUGCACCUGUUCUCUUCCUGGAAAGAGUUGGCCAGAGCAUGAUUUACCGGUACAUUUUUGGAGAGGCAGGUACCAGGAAUCUGCUCCUCCUGUGCUCUCAUAAGGCAGUUCUGGUCCAGAAAUAACAAAGGGAGCCUCCCAACUAGGGAAGUUCACGCCUGUUCUCGGCAGAGGCAGGAAAACAGGGCAACUAUGAAAAUGAACCAGGGUUGAUGCAAAUAGCAUGGUUUUCCUGUGAUGGAAUUGCCGACACCUGUGGUGGGACUGCUUCUCCUUUUUGGCUUGCUUUGCCCUAGUGUUUUUGAUAGCAAUAGUGUUUUUUGGGCUGAGCUAACGGCCCCUUUUGAAAUAUUUAACAACUAAUUGUAAGCAUGUAUGAGCUACAAAUUAGCAGGGGUGAGCAAUAGGAGUGCUUAGGCCAAGGGCAGUACCUACAGCUGCAGACACGGCAGGCACUUGUGCUGAAUUAGUACCGCAAGGGUCUGUGGGAGCUGGGAGGGCAAAAGCCUAAGCCUGUAGCAGAGGUGUGAAGUAGUGAAGAGUGAAGCUGCUUGUGGCUGUAAUGGUAAUUGCAGCGCUCCCUUUUUCUCUGCUCAUGGAGCAGCCCCUUGGCCAGCUCCAAAGGCCACAGACUAGUGGCAUGUGAAUGUAAAGCAGAGGCAGGGGUCACGGAGGCGAAUCUCUGGUCGCCGUGCUGCUCUUGUGCAUGCUGGGCAUGCCGACUUGGGUGUGCUUCUCCGGUGUCAAGCGAAUUCCCACCGCUUGGGGCGGACCCCCAUCCAGAUCAGCAGGGAGCCCUUGACGAGAAAUAACGUACAGUAAAAUGUGUGCACCCUCCUGCCUGAGCCUGGCCCUUGUAUCAUCUUGCUGUCAUACCGCUGGGGAUGAGUCACGGCCUGCGAUUGUGUUUCCAGCUCCCGUGGGGAUCUCUGUGCAGCGCGACAGCAGCUCGUAUGAAAGGAACGGCGUGAGGGGGACGUGUUUGGGUGCGGGGGUGUUUUACAUGACGACGCCAACAUGGCUUCAGCUGUUUUUUGUACAUAAUUGCUGUGUAUUUCAAGUGCCUUUAGAGACGGGGGGCGGGGGGGGUGCCUUCCCCAUGGGGAGGUGCUCACACCAAAGCCUUGUGAUGCUUCUGCAAGAGAGAGCCUCUGGAAGGUGUAACGGGCAGAGACUGACUAAUUCUGGUACCGAUUCCUCCUGUGCUCACUUGGGAAGAGCUCUCCAUUUGUGGAAGAAACAUGCUUCCACAUGAAAUGCCAGCCAGUUUUUCAGGGUAAGCUGGUGCAUAUCUUGAAUUAUUGAACAUAUGUCAGGACCGCACACAAUGCAGAGACAUGGUUUGAUAGUCGCACAGGUUUAUUUCCCUUCCCCUUUCCUCUCAGUCCCUGUGCAACUUAUUUGAGUGGAGUUCAUUGCAAAUGCUAAGACUGAAAUGGGAUGGUGUUGAGGUUGGGGUUUUUUUGUGAGCUGCUUGUGCAUUUUGUUGUGAUACUGGCACCAGUAAUCCUCAGCUGUGAAUGGCUCUCCCGUGCACAGACUAACCGUGGUGCACAAAGCCACACUGAUGCGAUGCUUCUCACUACUUCUGCAGUGUGUAGUGGAAAACUUUUGUUGCUUGUUUCGUAGUAAAAAUCUGUGUGAAAUCUUUCCAGAAAA